AUGAGCGAACGAAAGGAUUUGCCAUCCUCUACUAGUCCCCGCAAAACUUUACCCUUUGAUUUUCUUUCUAUUUGGCUGCUAUGGCAGCGAUCACGGCCUAGGGGCGGCUUUAACUUUUCGACCAAGGACAGGUCAAUUGCAAGUCUAUCUUGCUGUAUACAAGGCUCGGUAACGAGAGACCUGCGAUCAUUAGGGCGCUCUUGGUAUCCACAGUCUCAUGUGUGUGCCGAGUUGAGUUAG